AUGAGAUUGUGUCCCCUCGGAGAGGAUGAAGGAUCAUCGGCUUCAGAACCGAGGAAUAAUAACAAGAGGAAGGGACCCUCGAAGGGUGAAGGUGCUCAUAGUGAGGCAAGCCCUGCCCCGAGGCUUAGAGAAGAUGUAUCAGUCGAGCCUGCAGUGCCCGAGGCUUCUAGGCUCGCCAAAAUGGUUAUUCCUUUGCCACCGCCUUCUUUUCAAAUGAAGGCUUUUGACAAGCUUAAGUUCGAGCUACUUCGCUGUGAAGCCGAGUUGCGGAAAGCCUUAGAAGAUGAGAUAUCCCUCAGGCUUCUUUGUGAUAAAAGGUCAAGGGAGUUGGUAUUCCUGCGGUACGAGGCGGGUCAAAGCCGAGACUACGAAAGCUACCUCGAAAGACAGGGGAACUAUCCCCUGCCAGCUGCUGCUCAACCACUUGCUGAUCCUGAGGAUAUAGAUUCAUAUACAAAAGAGCAAAUGGAAGUGAUUCUGGAAAACGAGAUGAACAAAUCCUCAGGAUGCUGGACGGAUGAGGACACUUCAGAUGACAAAUGCAAAGAUGACAAUGAGAACUGUUUCAUGGCACGAGGUGAAACAGGUGAUGUAAGAUCUUAUAACUGUGAAAGAUGCAAUGACUUGCAGGACAUUCUUGAUUUAACUUUGAAAGAGUCUCAAAAAAUGAUGAAUGAGCUUAAGAGACUUAAUAAAGAAGUCAACGACUGGAAACUCAAACAUGAAGUUGAACCAAAGAAGAUAGAGGAAGUCUUAAAAGACUCAAGUUGGGUACAAGCAAUACAGGAAGAGUUAGAUCAGUUUGGUAAAAAUCAAGUGAGGAAACCGAUACCCAAACCUGAAAAUGUUUCUGUAAUUGGAACAAAGUGGGUCUUCAGAAACAAAUUGAAUGAGGAUGGAAAGGUCAUAAGGAAUAAAUCCAGAUUAGUUGCUCAGGGAUAUUCACAACAGGAAGGAGUCGACUAUGACGAAACUUUCGCUCCAGUAGCUCGCUUGGAGUCUAUAUGA